UAUCGCGCGACGCGAGUGGUUGGCUUGGCAACGGCGGAAGCGAGCUGGGCGCGUAAACAAAGAAACAAACAAACAAAAAUCAGUUUGUUUGCUUCACCUGAGCUUAUUAUCUUUGUCCUGUGGAGAUGUUUGACUCCUCUCUGAGUUCCCUGGGGGCUAAAGUCGUCGUGGCUUCAUCCGGCGACGAGAAUCACCCUCCUGAAAACAUCACGGACGGAAACACCAACACAUUCUGGAUGUCCACCGGGAUGUUUCCUCAAGAGUUCAUCGUUCGCUUUGCUGAAAGCACCGAGAUCUCUGCUGUGACCGUGGACAGCUACAAUGUCAAACAUCUAAAGAUUGAAAAGAACACUUCACAAAAUGCUUCUCACUUUGAGUCUGUUACAGAGAAAGAAUUUGAACAUGCAGAGGGACAUCUUCAGUCAAAUUCUCUUUUACUGAAAGGAGGCAAUGCAACCCACCUUCGUUUUAUCAUCACCUCGGGAUAUGAUCACUUUGUGUCAGUGCACAGCAUCAGUAUACAGAAUUGACACGCAUUUAUUCAUUUAAAGCCUGUGGUAUAUUUUCUGUAUAUAUGGCAUUUAUUUUAUAAUGGUUGACACAAGUAGGUCUCAUUAUAUGCUCAGUAUGUCUUGUUAACACACACACACACACACACUCUGACAUCUUCUCCCUCGUGGCAGGCAGCCGUAACAGUAACUAGGAAUCUGAUAAGAUCAUUGCAUGAUGUGUGUAUUGAUUUGGAAAAUCAAUUAAUUUCUGUCUAAACAAAAUUAAUUUUAUCAUCUUAAUCGCAGCAGUUAAGUUGCAUUCGCAGACUAAGCACAUGUUCGGAAAGUGCAUUUUCAAAAUUUUGGCCUCAAAUUCUGAAAUUAGCUUGAAGUCAUUGUCUGUCUGCUUAUUUAAUGUUAUGGAUUCACUAAUGGGCCUUUUUUUUUAUUUAACAUUCAACUGUUCCUGCUAAUUUCACAAGCUGAUAGUUGGCAAAGCUUUACAAUAUAAUAGUUGGAUUGCGAUAAAUGGUAGAAUUACUCACAAAGGAAAUUUCUCUGUGUGAGAGAUAGAGUUAAUUAACUAAUUUUGAGCAGUAGGGGCUUAAAUUGGCACCCGUACAGCCCCCCCCCCCCCAUGAGCAGAAUUUUACAUCCCCAUAGAAAUGGGGAACCGUGGGUGAUGCAGCUGGGGGGCAGGGGAACCAGAUGGUUUCCCAGCCAACCAGCGAGUCUCUAAAGACUGCGGGCCUAUUCACACAAAGUAUUCAAGCCACCUCCUGUACUUAUAUCCCCCGCACGCACACUUGCACACUAACACAGACUCCUAUCUACCUCCACUGCCAUUUCAACUUGUCGGUAGCAAAAGGUUCAGCACUGUGCGAGAACCCUUUGGGACUCCCUCUCCAAUUACUUUGCUGACUGCGGAGGAGCUCGGGGAUUUGCUGAGGCUGUGUUUGCUGUAGCUCGGUCUGUAUGCAGGGCUCGGAAUAAACCAAUAAAAAUAUGAAA